UCAAUCCAUACGAUGGCUACACAAAAAAACAAACAUCUACAUUUGUCGCUGUGCAUGCUGGGAGUUAUAGUUUGUGCCACAUAUCCGUUUGUAAACGGCAACUUUUACAGUCAGACUGCGCCGCAAACCCCGUCCAGCGGCUGGGACUGCUCUCUUACCUUUCAAAAUGCUUUCCUUGGACUCUUGUUCGAUAUCUGGAUAUCGUCUGGUGGAGCUUAACCGCGGACUUUGGAUAUAAUUCCUUUUUUGGGGAACUUUGGCGGCUCCGUAGCUAAUGAAGAAUAGCGAACCGUAGCGAAGAUUAGCUCACUAAGCUAACAACGUUAUUCAAUGAGAGGAGGAGAGUGUGCCACUCUGCAGGUUUAUUUGAAGCUAGAAACUACCUUUAGCUAUUUGUACUAGCGCUUUAUAACCUGUUUGCAUAGUUUGGGACUUUUGUAUGGCUUGUAAUAGCUGCUACGGAGCACUGAAACAUGGAUAACAAUAAGCAUAAUUUGUUUUGGGGGUUGAGAUCGGCACAGGUAUCAGUUGUAGGACAUUGCUGUCAUUGAAUGGGCCGUUCCCUGACCAAGUAAAUACUAUGAGGAUGCCAGGAAAUUUCUCAGAGGAGGAGGUGUGUUAAGCUGUAGUCAUCGUUUUCAUUUGCAAAGCAUGUCCGACUUGGAAAGUUCCAGUUCAUAUUUUGGUUUGGAGGAUCCGCAGUGGCUAUGCAUGGUCACGCUUUUCAUCGCAUCGCUGAUUACUCUAAUACUGUAUUUCGUACAGUAUGUCCAACAAGGAUCUGUAGUAGGAAUUAAUCAGAGAGCAGCAGAGGACAAUGCGGCGCAGGAGGAGGAAGCCGCGGCUCUGCUGGGAUGGGCGCUGUCACUGAAAAGCUGGAAGAGUCAGUGGAGAGGAGCGUGGUGCAGGGCUUUAAAUGACGAAUCAAGGAAGCGUGGGAGUCCUGUUCUGUUGACAUUUGAAGAGGAUGGUCUUGAGUCAUCAGAGCUCAUGGUCAGCCAAGUGUCCAACUUUCAGAAGUCUGCCCAGAACAAGAGCGCUUGCUGCAGUGUGGUUGGGGAGAAGCUUCAGUUCACUCUCAGUGCAGCAUCAACAGCCAUGGCUUCAGCAGAUCCUUGUAAAUACACAGUGUGUAUAGCUCCACUGGAGCUGCAGCUUGAUCUCCGGAUGCAAGAAGCUGAAGAUGAGGUCAAGGUGAACUGGAGGGUGUCUCAGUUGGAGGCAGGAGAGCUGCAGGUGACACCCUGUUUCACCCAGGACAAUGCCAACACUUUCAGUGUAGCAGCAGUAAAGGAGCAGUUGAGGCAGCUGAUAUGUGCUACGCGUCCCUCUAUAUUGCUGAGCUGCAGGCCUGCUCAGGCCUCAGAGGUCAAGGAAGCCUACAACAAAGUGGUCUCACCCCCUAAACCUCCCCGUGCACACGACUGGAAGCUGCUUGUGAAAAACAUCCGGGUGACAUUCAAUGAGGAGGAAGAUGCUGCAGGCAGCAUGAAUCCUCUGUGUGUACUGCAGUUAGAUGACCCUCCACAGAAGUUUAACACCUCCGUUUUGAAGAACACAACCAAUCCUGCCUGGGACCAGCCGUUUAUUUUUGAAUUGAAUGGACGAUCGAAAGAGCUCAAUAUCCAGUUGAUGCAUGAUGGAGAACCUCAAGAGAAUUGCUUACUAGGUCAGGUGUCAGUGCCUUUUGAUCUUGUAAAGAAGCAACCCAAAGGACAGCAAACAUUUGCACUCACGACCAAAGACACAGUGACCGGAUCACUUACUACUGACUUUACCUACCUGGAGCCCAGUGAGGUGAGGUCCUGGCAUCCUCCCACCCCAGCCUCCACUAAGAAAGUGGAGAUGGACCGUACAGUCAUGCCCUGCGGCACGGUGGUCACCACCAUCACUGCGGUGAAGAGCAAGCCGGGUCGACCGCUCCCUCUUCUCAAUAUAGAUUCGACCCAGAAAGCCGUGGCCAACAAGCCGAAGCUGUCAGAGCGUCGUGUUUCAGAGCAGGCGUCUAUGCUGGGGGCAACAGUCAGCAAAGCCUUGUCCUCCUCUGACACCGAGCUGCUGAUGCUCAAUGGCACCGACCCGGUGGCCGAGGCCGCCAUCAGACAACUCCACCAGUCUGCCAAACAGAAGCUCAAGUCCCCAGUGAAGAAGAGUACCAUCAUCAUCUCUGGCAUCGCUAAAACACCCUUGUCUCAGGAUGAUGAGCUAGCUCUGAUGGCGGGCUACGCUGCAGCGAUGGAUGCCUCAAUGUCAGAGGGCAGCUCUACUCAGGAUGUGACCACAGCGAUUGCGUCAGGGACCAGUAGCCCCCCAGAUAUGUCGGAGCCUCAGGAAGGCCCAAGCGGAAUAGGUCGGCCCCCAGAGGACUGGGAGAGUCACACAGGAGAGGAAUUAGACCAUACCUCGCUGUCCAUGUGUGUGUCUGAGGCGAGCUGCAAAAAGAGCAGAGGCAGCUUCCUUCAGAAGAGUGCCAAGCUCUUCUUCCGGCGGCGUCACCAACGCAAGGACCCGGGGAUGAGCCAGUCACACAAUGACCUGGUCUACCUGGAGUCUCCCGCCGCAGUGGAGCGGGCCAGCCGAACAGCCACGCUUAGCCGUAUGCUCAACCGCAAGAGUAGGAAUAAGAGCAAAGCUAAUGGCUCUACCUCCACUGGGGAGCCACAUGCGUGACCCCCCACCCCUCUCACCCCAGUCCCAGUCCCCCCCCCCCCUCCACAACUACUACCAUGACCACCUCCACCUCAAACUUGCACUGGCAAACUUCCCUAGCUAUCCUACUCCCCCUAAUGCCCGACCCGCGUAGUGGGGCUCCUGUAUUGUGAAUGGGAAAGCUGUGCAGAUGGAAAAAUAUCCGCUUUUAUUGCCGUGUCCUGCUUAAGUGCUUCCUAUAAGAAGCAGACAUUCCACCCAAAGCAAGUGUGUGCAUGUGUGGACGAAGGUAUCCUGUCUUGGAUUCAUGGCAUUUCAGAGGAUAUUGUUUUGCAUGUUUCUUUUUAUUUGAUUUUAUGCAACAUUUUGAAAUCGUUAAGUGCUUUUGUGGCCUUGUUAAUAACUGAAGGGACUGAUGUGGGCCAUCACUCUUUACCUCACUGAUACUGAGGGUAAAGAAUGAACCAUCCCUGCUGUGAUCCGUAGGUUUCCUACAGAGGACCAACAGGACCAAAGAUGAAGAGAAGAGUGGUAUUUGUAUGAUUUGCACAAUGUCAGUACCUUUCUUUACAGUGCAAUGACAGGAGCUACUCUUGUGAUAGAGACUCUUCUGUAGUUCUGAUUCAUGUUAAAAAAACAUUCACAAAGGGAGACGAUCUGUUCACUGCAUGACCGCUGCAAGUGGGAGAUAGUAAUACGACUACUUUUUGACACUAAUACUAUGAAAUAUGGUAUUUAUAUCAAGCAUCCAAUGUUUUUUACACUUCAUUUAAAUUCCUUGUCAUUUUAUUCCUAAUGAAACAAGACCAGUACAACAGCUAUAUGAAAUGUGCAUAUAAAAGCUGUUAGCUAGAAAAAUGUCAGCCUUAUGUAUAACAAAGAUUUCCAAACUAGUCAUCAUAAGUUAGUUGUGAGAGGUCAUGUUAUCAUGCAACACCGGCCAUUAGAAUAAGUUAACACCCUCCCAAAAAAACAAGCAGUGACACUGUGGCUAUCAUGAAACUUUAGCUAUAUAUGAGUUUUUAUGUUCACUCCUUUCUGCAGUGUUUUCUAAUGAUUAUGCAAUUUUCUUCUUAGUCUUCCUAAAAGAUUCCUCCUGUACACUACUGUUAUCAGCAGGGUUGUCAAUGUGUCAAAAGGGAACCUUUAUCCAGGGACUGUGACAUUACACUCGACCAUACUUGUUUCAUUACACACUAAUGAAACUCAAUCCUGCAUUUCAUCGGAAUGAAAUCCUCUUUUCAUUUAAUGUUUUACUGUUUUUUAAAAUAUGUAGCUUUGAACACCUGAACCAGAAAAAGUGUGAACACCUUUUGGAGCAGCCAAAUGUUCUGGCUGCUUUUUUUUUUUUUUUUUUUUUUUUUUAAUCCAGCUAAUGAUUGUAUUUUUUGUAAGCAGCUUGUUGAAGACGUGUCUGUACAUCGUGUUAACUACUGUUUCUUCAAUAAGUUAAGAAUUGUGCAGUAACAAAGACAGUGACAGCCAGAAAUAACAGAUUGCCUUACAGUUAUUCUGAGGACGUUGUCACGCGUGGUCUAGACUUGUAGCUCCUGAGCCUGCAUCCACCAUCAGAGCAGAGGACCGAAGGGCUGUUGGAACGACUGUGAGAGACAAAUGUGCCGCUGUGUUCCUGCACCAUCAGCAGUGUCUAUAAUCGAGAAGCCUAUGCACAUAACAUAUCUGUUAACUGGGUGUUUACAUUAUUGAACUAUCUGAGAAUUAAAAACACUCACUUGCUGUUUAUGACAACACUCUUGUGCAGAUAUAGUGUGGGUUGUCUUUGUGUCUUGUAUUUACAUGACAGCUGUGAUCCCCCCCCCCCUCUCAGCACCCGCUCUGCUCCAUCAUCAAUUGUUUUUUUUUUUGUUUGUUUGUUUGUCCGUUUUAAAUAUUAAAAAGCCCAGAAUCAGACCAAAAGAAACUAUAAGCAUUGAGACAGAAUCACUUUUCUAACUUUGAGGAACUGAGGGGGAAACAGGUUGUUUUAAUCAUGCUCAGCUUCAGAGCCCCUGCUUAUGGCAGCCUGCAGCCUGCAAGCAUUGGCUGCUGUUAUGCAUUCAGUAAGCAGUAGAGCUGUAUGUGAUUAAUAAACUGCUUCCUGAUGGGUUUUUUUUUUUUUUUUUUUUUUUUUGGCAUCUGCUCUGUGCACAGAAACUGACUGACUUAACUGUUGAUGCAGGGUGUCAGUCAUUUCCCUGCAGGGAUUGUAACUAAUGAACAUAUCGAGUUAUUUCAUUUUCAGCAAUAAAUAUUGAUUGGAUAACUGAGAUUGCAGUGCCACUU